GUGUUUAGUGUAAAAAGCAGCAGCUUCCUGGAAGAUCUGUCCGGAACGAACAUGGCAGGCCAAGUUCCAGAAGAAACCUCGCCAAUCUGAAACCCACCCAAUCUCUCUCCCUCUCUCUCUCUCUCUCUAUCUGCGAUAACCCAAAAAUUCCUUUCUUCUCCGAGAGAACCCAGAUCCCGUUUCGUCCCAAAUUCACCAAUUUUGGCCAGAGUCAGAGCUUAGCUGUUGAAAGCUGCAAUCUUGGUCUUCUUUUGUAGCUCAAUGGCACUGACCCAGUGAUCCCUACCCUUCUCUUCCAUCUGACCUUCUACCACCAGGACCUCCUUCAGGAGCCCAGCAAAUGGCGUGCCCCAGAAACGCCAUCACCUACAAUGGCACCCUUUGUGCAUGCUCCCCGGGGUACCUGCUGAACCGCACCUCGAACAGCUGCGAUCUGUUUGUCGCCAACGCCACGAUCUUGGCCAACUCCGGGGUCGAUUCCUACGCCGUGGGCUUCCCGGAGACCAUAUUCUCCUUCGAGACCAUCAGGAAGUUCACCCAGUCCCAGGCGGUGUUCUUGGAGGCCACGGUUGUGCUCUUGCUCUCUUGGCUCGUCUUCUGUUUCUUCUUGCGGUUCAUGAAGCUCGGGGAUGGCAAGAAUGUCUGGUUUCAGAUUCGCUGGUGGAUUAGUAGGCUCGAUGUUUGCUUCGCCACUAGGCAUUGGCUGGAUGAUCAGAAAGUAGUCAGAAAGAGGAAAACUGAACUUGGGGGAACAUUUUCAAUUGCAAGUUGGAUUCUUUUCACUGGAUUCUUUGCUGCGUUGCUCUACCAAAUAAUCACAAAGAGAAACAUCGAGGUGCACAACGUGAGGGCAACAAAUGCACCUGACCUGCUCGCCUUUCGUAGUGAUAUGGAGUUUAACAUUACUACUAUUUCCAGCAUGAGUUGUGCAAAUUUGCGUAAUCUGGGCAAUUUGGUCACUGGGAGCCCUGGGUUGUUCGACUAUAGAGUUGCUUCUCUCUCCAGCUUUGGAAACUUUUCGUGCUUGAACACAACAUUUGGGCCCACUAUAAGUAUUAGAUGCAACAACUGCCAGCUGACUCAGGACAACAUUUACUUCUCCUGGGAGUUUGUAGAUUUACCAAACAGUCCUGCUGCUGCUGUUGGGUUUCAGUUCAACCUAUCUUCAAAGCCCCAUGCCAAUAAGCAACACAUGAGUUUUGUGAGUGGCUUUCUUUGUAAUGGGAGCUCUUCUGAUGAUAGGCCGGUUACAUACAGAGGAACAAACACAAAUAUUCUGAAAUUCAAUUUGUUCCCCAGUUUAUACCGUCAUCAGAAUAAUCUGAGGCUAAUCCAACCGCUGUUUCAUGGCUUUCUUCAUGGAUCGUAUUUUGAUGAGGCGAGUCAGCUCCAAGCGUCCCUCCAGAGUUCUGGUGGACUCAUCAAUACCACAGUCUAUUUGCACUUCCUGUCUGCAUAUAUUGUUGAGGUCGACAGGGAAAGUAUUUUCGGCCCUGUGAGUUUCCUUGCGGACCUUGGUGGCCUAUUUUGCAUUAGUAUCGGCAUUUUUUACUACCUCUUGGUGCAAUUUGAAUACAGGGUUAAGAAACUACGAAAUGAAGAUAGUACGCUCCGAAAAAUUAGAAGCCGAAGGAAAGCUCGAGAACGGUGGGAUAAGUUGAGGAAAUAUGUGAGGUACACGUGGGAUUGCAGAGUGCUGGAUGAAGAUGAUAACUAUAAAAAUGGAACAGAUUGCUCUGGUUGCUUUCAUCGGAACAGAUCACUUCAGCCUAGUAAAUCUUCAUGGAAACAACGCUAUAGUAGCGCUUCUAUGAGUUUAAACCAGAAAAGCAGCUUACCCAUUAAAGAGAAUGCCGCCCCUGGAGUGGAACAAGUGCAGCAAGUGACAACUUACAUAGCAAAUAAUGAUAAGCAGCAUUCUACUGGAUCAGAUGUGGCGCAUACAUUGCAACCCCAAGUGUCCUUUCUCACUGAUGACCAAAUCAUCCCACCACCUCCGCCAUUAGAGUUCAAGGCUGAUGCUGCAAUGGACAUUACUGACGUCCAAAAAAAUCUUACCCGUCUAUACGAAUAUAAUGCCAUGAUGAGGGAGAAGUUGGCUGCUACUCAGUCUCUGUUUCACGAUUUAGCAAAAAAGUCAUCUCAAGAAUCAACAAGGCAAAUGUGAUCCUGUGGUUAUACAAUGUAAUCGUGAUCAGGGGCAGGAAAGAUGGAGGCCUUAACUGCAGAUUUGCAGGGUCAGCCGAUGCGAUAACAUGGUGAGGGCUCAAGAUGCCAACAACAUUAUGGGUAUGCUGCAAUAUGAGCUGCUGGUUCAUCAGUGCUGCGGGAAGAGGAUCCACUUCUUGGUCGACCUGAGAGUAGUAGUUGCCUUCCUUACCAAUUGCAAAGUUCUGAGAACAGAUAUGAUCAUGGUUAGGAGCAUUGCAGAUGGGGGAUUCGAUUCAUUUGGUAGAUCCGCCCAUUGGCCUUGGCUUAAGCUACUGAUCAGGCCAGAGUGCACAUUAGGUAGCUUCAAGGAUUCUCGUUCCUUCUCCAUACGCAUCCGGUAUUUCUACAAGAUGAAAGUAUAACUGUAUUGUAAGCUUUCCGAUUGUUAGAUGACUAUAUACUAAAUAUAUAGAAGAUCUUAGCCUGAUUGAGAUUAAGACAGAAAUGACCUGAAGGUGGCUGUUGACAUUGGCUAUUGGAAGACCAGUAAUGCCCUUCUUUCACAUCUCAUUUAAGAUCAUGCUUGGGGGGGCAUGCUCCUCUGGAUGUUUGGAUUAUCCAUCUGGUUCUACAUGAUUAUCAUGUAAUAUUAUUAGGCCGUGUUAUUAUUUUCGAAACUGGAUAAAUUUGGAAAAGAAUGAAAUAAAUAAUUUGGAACGAGGAUUCAAUAUUCAAAAAA